CCGAUUAAUAGGUUAUGUCUUUGUUAUGGUUACCAUAUUCAUGCAGAAUUUAUGGUAAUUCUAUUUUACUACAGCAGUCAUCCAUCCAAAAUGAAAAUAUACAUUAAAUUGAAUUGGAAUUUUAUAUAGAAAAUGGUAAUCUGCUGAUUGGACGAAAACGAAAGAGAAGCUUACCGAAAACUGUUCGAAAUUCUUAAAUUUAAAUCAGAAAAAAAGUUCUAAAUUUUUAAUGUGAAAUUCAAUAGUAAAAGAACUGGAUAUGAAUGGUGCCGAAGUAAACAAAACCGAAUUAUGAUAUUUUUAGACAUCCUGUGGCCAUGUUUUUCUACAUAGUUUUUAAACUAGCUGCUUUGGUCGUGUAUUUCUUCUCGGGUUGGUUUUAUAUCGAUUUUACAAUACCCGUCAUUACAAUAAUUCUGCUGUUGUGCAUAGAUUUUUAUGCAGUAAAGAACAUACUAGGACCAAUUCUUAUUUCAUGCAAAUGGGGAUAUUACGUAGACGACAAUGGAAUCACUCACUGGUACUUCCAAUCUAAAAAAAAUACGGAAGAGAUCAUUGAUUAUGCUGAAAAUUUAAUAUUUUGGUCAAUUUUAAUUAUAAAUCCUGUGAUAUGGCUUGUCAUGUUUUACGCCACCAUUUUCCAACUUAACGCCAAUUGGUUUGUUGUGGUGUGUAUCGCCUUGACAUUGAAUAUUAUUAAUUUGAUUGGAUUUAUACAUUGUAAAUAUCCAGCCGAUUCGACCGGAACGGUUAAAGUUUUUAAGGAUUUUUUCCCUAAAGACUGUUUAAAAAGAAUGUAUACGGCUGUGAAAAAGAAAAAGGAGAAGGUUGAAGAGAGAAACGAAAAACUUGAGCAACCAUAAAACUUACAUACACUUGUAAAAUUUAUAAUUAAAAUAAUUGAAUUUUCACUAA